GGCCUGUCUCCUGAAAUGAUGCAGCAAAUCAUAGAGUUUGCUUACGCCGGCUCUGUUUCUGUGACGGAGGAUAACGCACAGGAGCUGCUGCUCGCAGCCGAUCAGCUCAAUGUAAUGGACGUUGUAGAAGCCUGCUGCGACUUCCUGGGGGAGCAUCUCUGCCCAAAGAACUGCAUCGGCAUCUGGCAUCUCACCAACAUAUGCUUGUCCCCUGAACUUCAGUGCAAGGCCUACCGCUAUAUCAUUGAUCACUUUGAGGAGGUUGUUUCUUGCGAGGAGUUCUUUAAUUUUUCUGCGCAGGAACUCGCUGACAUCCUUGGUAGAGAUGAGCUCAAUGUGAAACAGGAGACUGCUGUGUUUGAGGCCAUCAUUCACUGGAUCGCCCACAUACCCGACGAACGAAAAGAACACAUAGGUGUACUCUUCCCUAAGGUCCGGCUGGCCUUGACAAAUGAAGACUAUAUCAGGAUGAAGGUGAUGUCCAAUGAGCUGGUGAAGAACAGCCCUGAGUGCAGUAACAUAGCCCAAGAUGUCCUUAAAAACAUAAACUUCACAAACAGCCGCUCGUUGUCUGGGGUCUGUAACCCUCUCGCCCGCCCUCGCCUGCCUAAUGCCAUCCUGUUGGCCGUUGGGGGCUGGAGUGGCGGUGAUCCCACUAAUGGCAUUGAGGCAUAUGAUAUUCGUGCUGACCGCUGGAUCAGUGUGACAAACAAUUGGGAGCGUCCUCGUGCCUAUCACGGCACUGCCUUCCUCAAUGGGUAUGUCUACUGUGUUGGUGGUUUUGACAGAGUGGAACAUUUCAACAGCGUGCGCAAGUUUGACCCAAGCACCUACACUUGGCAUGAUGUAGCACCCAUGCACUGUCGCCGCUGCUAUGUGAGCAUUACUGUGCUGAGUGGAUGCAUCUAUGCAAUGGGAGGUUUUGAUGGACACACACGACUCAGCACUGCAGAGCGCUACAAGCCCGAGACCAACCAGUGGAGUCUUAUUGCACCCAUGCAUGAGCAGAGGAGCGACUCCAGCAGCACAACACUCCGCAACAAGGUUUACAUUUGUGGUGGUUUCAAUGGGAAUGAGUGCCUGCAAACGUGUGAGUAUUAUAGCCCAGAGACCAACCAGUGGACAAUGAUCACCCCCAUGAACAGCCGGCGCAGCGGAAUUGGUGUCAUUGCAUAUGCAGACAAUGUCUAUGCUGUUGGUGGCUUUGAUGGCAAUACUCGUCUGCGCAGCGUUGAGGCUUACAAUCCCCAGACCAACACCUGGCACGCAGUGUCCUCCAUGUUAACCACCCGCAGCAACUUUGGCAUCGAAGUGAUCGAGGAUCAGCUCUUUGUUGUCGGGGGCUUCAACGGCUUCACCACCUCCUAUAACGUUGAGUACUACGACGCAACAACUAAUGAGUGGUCUGAGGCCUGUGACAUGGAGAUUUUCCGCAGUGCCCUGAGCUGCUGCGUAGUGUUUGGGCUUCCAAACAUGGCCAAGUACACUAUCCCUCGUGACGCCCUGCCGUUUUUACAUUUGGAGGAUGAGUCGGUGAACUCAGGGGACUCCAUCUAA